CUGUGCCAGAUGCAUCGAAUCAAUGGAAUCAUUGCGGGUGGGUGUUUUAUUUCUCUGACUGAGAAACCCUCUAGCGGCCGCCAUGAAAUCUGACGUGACUCUCAUCGACUCUCGCUGACUCUCCCGAGAAAAUCCCCAGUAAUCGCUGUAAUUCGUGCAGAAAGUGGCCAAAAACAGUGUAAAUUCGUGACCCGGACUGUAAUUUGUGUGCUCGUGAUUGCAGUGAGUGGUGAAUAUGCCCGAAAGGUGUCGAAUUUCGGUGUGAAUCAAUCCCGCUGAGUCCCCCGUCAUUUCUGCCGUAUUACUCAGUGAAUUCCCCUGAUAGCCCAGCCCCAACCAAGCGCAAUGACGGAGAAAAUAACGCUGGCGGACGCUCUGUCGAACGUGGAGGUGCUGGAUGAGCUGCCACUCCCCGACGAGCAGCCCUGCAUCGAGGCCCAGCCGUGCUCCGUGGUGUACAAGGCGAAUUUUGACACCAACUUCGAGGACCGCAACGGGUUCGUGACCGGAGUGGCCAAGUACAUCGAGGAGGCCACCGUGCACGCCAACCUGAACGUGCUGCUGGACGAGGGGCAGCAACACGCCGUGAUGCUGUACACCUGGCGCUGCUGCUCGCGCGCCAUUCCGCAGCCCAAAUCCAACGAGCAGCCAAACAGAGUGGAAAUCUACGAGAAGACAGUGGAAGUUCUAGCACCGGAAGUGAACAAACUGCUCAACUUCAUGUACUUCCAGAGAAAGGCCAUUGAGGCGUUCUGCGCCGAGGUGAAGCGGCUCUGUCACUCGGAGAAGCGCAAGGACUUCGUGUCCGAGGCGUACUUGCUCACUCUUGGGAAGUUUAUCAACAUGUUCGCCGUCCUGGACGAGCUGAAGAACAUGAAGUCCAGCGUGAAGAAUGACUACAGCACGUAUCGCCGUGCCGCGCAGUUCCUCAAGGUAAUGUCGGACUCACACACUCUGCAGGAGUCCCAGAACCUCUCGAUGUUCCUGGCCACGCAGAAUAAGAUCCGCGACGCAGUGCGCGAGACGCUGGAGAAGGUCGCGGGCUACGAGGACUUGAUGGCGGACGUGGUGAACAUCUGCGUGCACAUGUUCGAGACGAAGAUGUACAUGACGCCGGAGGAGAAGCACAUGCUGGUGAAGGUGAUGGGCUUCGGGCUGUUCCUCAUGGACACGGACGCAUGCAAUGUCAAUAAGUUGGAUCAGAAGAAGAAGUUGCGUCUGGACAGGAUCGACAGGAUCUUCAAGAAUCUGGAGGUGGUGCCGCUGUUCGGCGACAUGCAAAUUGCGCCUUUCAACUACAUCAAGCGCAGCAAGCACUUCGAUCCCAGCAAGUGGCCGCUCUCCUCGUCGCAAGCCAUUAGUCCUCAGGCGGACUUGAUGGUGCAUCUGCCGCAGAUCCGCGAGGAUCACGUGAAGUACAUCUCCGAGCUGGCCAGGUACACGAACGAGGUCACGACCACGGUGAAGGAUAACACCACCGAUGCCGAGAAUCGCGCCACGGCGGACUUGGCGCUGCGCGGGCUGCAGUUGCUGUCCGAGUGGAGCAGCGUGGUGACUGAGCUGUACUCCUGGAAGCUGUUGCACCCCACUGAUCACCACCAGAACAAAGAGUGCCCCGUCGAGGCGGAAGAGUAUGAGCGGGCGACACGCUACAAUUACACGGAUGAGGAGAAGUUUGCGCUAAUUGAAGUGAUCGCCAUGAUCAAGGGGCUUCAAGUGUUGAUGACGCGCAUUGAGACAGUGCUGUGCGAAGCCAUCCGUCGCAGCAUCUAUGCUGAGCUACAGGAUUUCGUGCAGUUGACCCUGAGGGAGCCACUGCGCAAGGCGGUGAAGAACAAGAAGGACCUGAUCCGAAGCAUUAUCAUGUCGGUUCGUGAAUCCUCGGCUGACUGGCAGAAGGGCAGUGAGUCCCUGGAGGAUCCUGCUCUCAAGGGAAAGAAAGAUCCUGACGGAGGCUUUAAGAUCAACGUGCCUCGCCUGAAUGUCGGCCCCUCUUCGACGCAAUUGUACAUGGUCAGGACAAUGCUGGAGUCCCUGAUUGCUGACAAGUCGGGUGGAAAGCGCACCCUUCGAAAGGACAUCGACGGCACAUGCCUGAUGCAGAUCGAUCAGUUCCACAAGAACUCUUUCUACUGGAGUUACAUCAUCAACUUCAGCGAGUCGCUGCAGAAGUGCUGCGAUCUCUCACAGCUGUGGUACAGAGAGUUCUACCUGGAGAUGACCAUGGGACGCAAGGUGAACCAUUGCAAGGUGAUGCACCAGCACAAUGAGGAGUGCAAUGAUUUGAUCACGAUGGAGAAGAGAAUUCAAUUUCCCAUUGAAAUGUCCAUGCCGUGGAUUCUCACGGAUCACAUUUUGCGCACGAAGGAGCCCUCAAUGAUGGAAUUUGUCCUCUAUCCGCUGGACCUGUACAAUGAUUCAGCUCACUACGCCCUCACUGUGUUCCGGAAGCAGUUUCUCUAUGACGAAGUGGAGGCUGAAGUGAAUUUGUGCUUCGAUCAGUUUGUCUAUAAGCUCAGCGAGCAGAUCUUCGCCCACUACAAACAACUGGCCGGAAGCAUGAAUUUAGAUAAACGCUUCCGCGUUGAGUGUGAAGUGCUGGGAUUCAAUUUCCAAUCGUACCCCAGAAAUAAUCGCUAUGAGACUCUCUUGAAGCAGCGUCACGUUCAGCUCUUGGGCCGAUCCAUUGAUCUGAACAAGCUUAUCACACAGCGGAUCAAUGCUGACAUGCACAAGAGUCUCGAGUUGGCCAUCAGUCGCUUCGAGGCCACAGAUAUCACGGGCAUUGUGGAGUUGGAAGGGCUGAUCCAGGUGAAUCGCAUAUGCCACAAAUUGCUGAGCAAAUAUCUUGCCCUGGAUGACUUCGAGUCGAUGGUGAAGGAGGCCAAUCACCUCGUCCAAGCGCCCUACGGCCGAGUCACCCUGCAUGUUUUCGUCGAGCUCAACUAUGACUUCCUCUCCAAUUAUUGCUACAACGCGGCCACCAAUCGAUUCGUGCGCUGUCCACAGGGAAUAUCCCUUGUGCACCCCAUUCAGCGCGAGAAGCCACAGCAAAUGUCGCAUUACUAUCUGUGGGGCUCCAAGCAACUCAAUGCAGCCUACUCGACGCAGUACGGACAGUAUGCGAGCUUCGUUGGGGCGCCACAUUUCCAUGCAAUGUGCCGUUUGUUGGGCUACCAAGGCAUCGCUGUGGUCAUGGAUAUCAUCCUGAAAGACAUCGUGAAGCCGCUGAUUCAGGGGAAUCUUCUGCAAUUCACCAAGACUCUCAUGUCGGCGAUGCCAAAGACGUGCAAGCUGCCGAGAUUCGACUAUGGCUCGCCGGGUGUGUUGAGCUACUACCACGCCCAUUUGAUUGAUAUUGUGCAGUAUCCGGACGCAAAGACAGAACUAUUUCAGCUGUUUCGUGAGUUCGGGAACAGCAUCCUGUUUUGUCUCUUGAUAGAGCAGGCUCUGUCGCAGGAGGAAGUGUGCGAUCUCUUGCACGCGGCGCCUUUCCAGAACAUCUUGCCGCGACCGUACUGCAAGGACGGCGAGAAGCCUGAGACGAAGCAGAAGCGUCUCGAGAGCAAGUACUCUUCGUUGCAGAUUGUGAGCAAUGUGGAGAAGUUCGGCACGGCGAAACAGGCGCUGAUUGCGCGCGAGGGAGAUCUGCUCACCAGAGAGAGGUUGUGCUGCGGACUGAGCAUUUUCGAGGUGAUUCUGGGACGUGUUAAGAGCUACCUGGACGAUCCUGUGUGGAUGGGUCCGGCUCCAAUUAAUGGAGUCAUGAAUAUCGAUGAGUGCUCUGAGUUCCAUCGCCUCUGGUCAGCUCUCCAGUUUGUCUACUGCAUUCCUGUGGCGGAUACUGAAUUCACCGUCGAGCAACUCUUUGGCGAGGGACUCAACUGGGCCGGUUGCGUCAUGAUUGUCCUUCUGGGGCAGCAGAGGAAGUUCGAAGCAUUGGACUUUUGCUACCAUAUCUUGCGUGUUCAGCGUGUUGACUGCAAGGAUGAGACCGUGAAAGGGAUAAGCUUGAAGCGCCUUGUUGAUCGCAUUCGACGAUUCCAAGUGCUAAACUCGCAGAUCUUCGCAGUGCUGAACAAGUACUUGAAAAGUGGUGACAGCGAGGGAUCCACAGUGGAGCACGUUCGCUGUUUUCCACCCCCUCCUCACCCCUCAAUGAUGCCCGCUUCGCACUAUCAUGAUCCCAAUAAGAUAAGGCACUAAAGCUGUUUAGCGCUGUCGCAAGAUUUGUCAUGGUACUCGGCUAUUUAUGUUCAUCAAUACUGUUAGUUACUUUCCUCUAACUCCUCUGUCUAUUCCAGUUCGUUGAGAAACCUUUCAAAGUAUUAGCGGUAGUGACUAUUUAAGAUCCAAUUUGCAAUUAUUUUAUAUAUUAUGAUUAAACAGUGCAUUUCUUAUGUAGGAUCUAAAGAUAGUCUAGAGAAAAAUCAUUUAUCAGUACAUCAUUAUCUCAUAAAAGAUAUUCAUAUAAUCAAAGUACACAAAUUUUGUAAGACUAGAAAAUUGCGGUCAAGAAUAAAAUUCAUGCUUUUUGUGGAACAAA